CGAAGUGGUUAUGGUUUGAAAAAGAGGCGGCAGCACAAUGGCGGCUGAAGAGUCUUUAGAAAGUUCUGCGAAGGCUCUUAUGAGCAUAAAGGAAGGUAGUAGCAGUAGCACUGGUUUUGUAUCACCUAACAGAAGAGGAAAUCCUCCAAGAAUACGACGUAAGAAUCAGCGGUAUCACAAUGAUGAUGAAGAAACAACCUAUUCUCCAGCUAGAUCACCCAAAAAACAGGCUAAAGUUGCAUCAUCAGGGACUCGCAGUGCAGUAUUAUCAGCUACAGAUAAACGUUUAGCCCAGUCUAUAGGUGUUCGAUUAAGAAAUCUACUCAAGCUACCUAAAGCACAUAAAUGGGUGUGCUAUGAGUGGUUUUAUUCUAAUAUUGACGCGCCACUUUUCCUUGGAGAAAAUGAUUUUUGUAUCUGUUUACGAGAAUCAUUUCCAGAAUUAAAAACAAAGAAACUAAAUCGUAUUCAAUGGAACAAAAUUAGACGUUUAAUGGGCAAACCAAGAAGAUGCUCUCCAGCAUUUUUUCUAGAAGAGCGAUCAGUAUUAGAUGAAAGACGAGAUAAGAUGAGAUUAUUACAACAGAGAAAAUUAUCGGAAUGUAAUAGUUUAAAAGAUCUUCCUGAUGAAAUACCUCUACAUUUAGUCAUUGGCACAAAAGUAACAGCUCGUCUAAGACAUCCCCAAGAUGGUUUAUUUACUGGAACGAUAGAAGCUUUGGACACAGUUGACAAUACUUAUAGAGUUAUAUUUGAUAGACCAGGACUAGGAACACAUUCUAUACCAGAUUAUGAAGUUUUGAGUAAUGAUGCUCCUGAAACGAUACCUCUGUCAGCUUUUCAACAUAAACAACGACCUAGACACGGACAUGGUUUAUUCUCACCACCUAAAUUUAUACCUAACCUUGGCUCACCAAAUCCACAACUUGAUAAUGAUCCCUUAUUGAGUGGUUCUCCAUUUAAAGGAAGGUUAUUGAGUUUAGAAGGAGGAACAUAUGGUGGUUUUCCUAUUAAAUUUUUAGUUCUUGUUACAAGAUUAUCGAAGAUAUUAACAAUAAAGAAAGAUUGGAUACAACAAUUAAAAGAAAUGAAUACACAAGCAGAGAAAUUGAAAUCAUAUCAGCAGCCCAUUACAGUUGACUUUCAGCGGAAAUAUGCAAAUAUAGUUUUAGAAUUAGAUAAAUUGAAUAAAGAUUUAAAUGAAUAUUUAAUGGGUGUGCAAGACUUCUGUCAAGAGCUUGGUCCACCUCAUGGUUUAGUGCCAAUAGAUCAACCAUCAGAAAUCAAGAGAAAAUGCGAUGAGGAGGCUCAAGAUUUGGUCACGAAAAUAUGCAGGGGUAUGUUCUCAAACAAGAAGACCUCUAAGAAUGAAAGGGUAUUAGGACUGGUUUCUAAUCUUACAUCCCUUAUGCUCCAGAUUAGGACAUUUACGCAAAAUGAUUUUAAUUCUUUUGAAUUUAAAUCAUUACAAGAUACACUUUCUGAAAUAAAAGUUGAAAUGGAUUCUAAUAAUAUCAAUUCAUUCCAAAAUAAUGUUGAAAUUCACAUUAACCAUAUACAGAGUGGAUUAACACAAAUGGGAAAUCUUCAUGCCUUUACAUCUUCUUUGACAGAAUGAAUUACUAGUGAUAUGGAUUAAUGCAGGGUUUCUUGUAGUAUUAAAUUUUAUGUGUGCUGCUAAAGACUGAAAUAAAUGGUAGGCUUGGUCGGUACAUAUACUCUAUAACAGGCUGUGCUAUUACCGCAGUAUUUCCAACAAUGUGACGUGAAUCAAACACAACAUUACAUUAUACUACUAUUUAACAACUUACUGAAUAAUGAUUGCUUAGUCAUUGAACAUAUAUAUGUACAUUAUUAUUUUCAAACUGUGUAAAUAUUAUACCUGUAUCUCUAUUUACUGUUAAUAAAAUAUAAAUUAAAGAGA